AUGUCCGGUCGUGCGUACAGUCUCCCGGCGCUACCCUACGCCUACGACGCACUGGAGCCGAGCAUCUCGUCCCAGAUCAUGGAGCUGCACCACAGCAAGCACCACCAAGCCUACGUCACAAACCUCAAUGCCGCGAUCGAGACGUACGUUGCUGCGGCGGAAUCCCGCGACAUCGCCGCGCAAAUAGCCCUUCAGGCCGUCAUACGCUUCAACGGCGGCGGUCACAUCAACCACACCCUCUUCUGGGAGAACCUGGCUCCCGCAACAUCCAAUGCCGCCGAUCCCCGUUCCGCCCCUUCCCUGAUGGCGGCCAUCAACGCCGCCUGGGGCAGCUUCGACCAGUUCAAGGCGGCAUUCGCCAAGACCCUCUUGGGCCUACAGGGCAGCGGUUGGGGCUGGCUGGUCAAGGAUGGUCAGGCGUUGCGCAUCAUCACGACCAAGGACCAGGACCCCGUCGUCGGCGGCGAGGUGCCCAUACUCGGCAUCGACAUGUGGGAGCAUGCCUACUACUUGCAGUACCUAAACGGCAAAGCGGCUUACAUCGAAAACAUUUGGAACGUCAUGAACUGGGAGACAGUCGAGAAGCGAUUCUGCGGGGGGCGUGAGGAUGCCUUCAAGAUCCUCAAGGCCUCGAUGUAG